AUGAGAAUUUCUUUACCUAGUGGAAGAAUGGCGGUUCCGAAGAAAGAAAGUGAGCCUGCAGCAAAAAAGCUACCGGCAGUGCCGGAAUCAGUUCUUAAAAGAAGAAAGACUCGUGAAGCAGUACGAGCUGCACGUCUUCAAAUAUCGAUUAAGCAACGUGCAAAUCGUUAUAAGAAAAGGAAAGCAAUCUUCAAAAGAGCUGAAAAAUAUGUAAAAGAAUAUAGGACAAAAGAAAGAGAUGAAAUCAGAUUAAUGAGACAAGCUAAAAAUCGUGGCAAUUAUUAUAUACCUGGAGAAGCACGUCUUGCAUUUGUUAUUCGUAUUCGGGGUGUAAAUCAAGUUGCUCCUAAAGUACGUAAGGUACUUCAAUUAUUCCGUCUCAAGCAAAUUAAUAAUGGUGUAUUUGUGAAACUGAAUAAGGCAACAAUCAACAUGCUUCGUAUUGUUGAACCUUAUAUUACAUGGGGAUAUCCAAAUUUAAAAUCAGUUAGAGAAUUGAUCUAUAAGAGAGGAUUUGCUAAAAUAAAUAGACAACGUAUUCCUAUCACAAGUAACUCCAUCAUUGAAAAGAAACUUGGACGCUCUGGUAUUAUUUGCAUAGAAGACUUAAUCCAUGAAAUAUUCACAGUUGGAUCAAAAUUCAAAUUUGCAAGUAAUUUCCUAUGGCCAUUCAAGCUCAAUACACCCAAUGGUGGUUGGCGUAAGAAGACUAACCAUUAUGUUGAAGGUGGUGAUUUUGGUAAUCGUGAAGACAAAAUCAAUGAACUUCUCAGGAGGAUGGUUUAAAUUUAUAAAAAUCAUGAUAAAUAAAAGUUUAAAUAAAACAUA